CACAGAAAAUAGGACAGGAGAGAAAACAAGACAUGUUCAUAGGACACGGUGCAUCUUGCGUCAUGCACGUACAGCAGAUAAUGAUCCAACACCCUAUUUUGACAAUGCCACAAGUCGCAAUAUUACCACAAUGAAUGGAAAAACAGCGUAUCUUCCAUGUAGAGUUCGACAUCUGGGAGAUAGAACAGUAUCGUGGAUCAGAAGAAGAGAUUUACAUGUUUUAACAGUAGGAAGGUUCACAUAUACGAGCGAUCAGAGAUUUCAAACUAUACAUUUAGAAAAUUCAGAUGAUUGGACACUCCAAAUUAAAUAUCCUCAGAAGCAGGAUGCUGGAAUUUAUGAGUGUCAAGUCAGUACAGUACCGAAAAUGAGCAUAUUCAUCACAUUAAAUGUAUCGUGGAUCAGAAGAAGAGAUUUACAUGUUUUAACAGUAGGAAGGUUCACAUAUACGAGCGAUCAGAGAUUUCAAACUAUACAUUUAGAAAAUUCAGAUGAUUGGACACUCCAAAUUAAAUAUCCUCAGAAGCAGGAUGCUGGAAUUUAUGAGUGUCAAGUCAGUACAGUACCGAAAAUGAGCAUAUUCAUCACAUUAAAUGUUGUAGAACUCACAGAUCAAGAACAUCUGAAUGUAUCAAGCCGGCAAAACAGUCAAACAUGGCUGCCUUUAGAAGCCAUCAUAAACUACAAAGGAUAUGGUAGGAUAUGGAAAUGAUUCUUUUUAUAAAAAUGAAAUAAUCUUAUUAAAAUUUACUCUCAUGGAAUUUACA